GCCGGCAGCCAUGUUGGCUAUGUACAAAACCUAUGGGAAAUAAAAACGCGCGGAAAGAGUUCCCUCUCUAGCUCCCUUCGGGAGCGCGCUUACGUAUACGUAAGAUCGUAUCUCUGUGACUCGAGAAAGUAUCUGCAUGUUUGACACGCCCCCUUGCCGGCCAACCACGUGUGCACAGUAUGCGACUAUGCAAGUCGGGCGCACGACGGGCGAUCGCCAAGCCCAUCAAGUCUGGGGCCGGCGCCGCCAGAGCCGGGGCGGGGGACACAAGGCUUGUAAAGUAUGUUGACACAUGACUAGCUGCUGAUGAGCUGAGCUGAACUCCGAGAAAGGACACGACGACGUUGACAAGACAGCUAAUUCGACACAACUUUACCAUGGCGUUAGCAAAUCUCAAGAUCGGUUUCAUUGGGGCUGGAUCGAUGGCGCAAGGAAUGAUCGAAGGAUGGAUUCGUGCAAAUGUUGUAAAACCAAGCCAGUUGAUGGCCAGUGCUCCAAGCGACAGAAACCUCUCCAAAUUGAGGGAAAGGGGCCUGUCCACAACCCAUGACAAUGCUGAGUUGGUCAGGUCAUGUACAGUUGUUGUCAUUGCAUGCAAGCCUUAUCAGUGCAAGGAUGUACUACCCCCUUUACCGUUCGGUCCUCAUCACCUUGUGCUGUCGGUCGUAGCCGCCCUGAGCUGCCCCGCCCAUGAAGCCUUAUUGCGUCCAGGAACCCGGUUAGUGCGUACCAUGCCCAACGUUGCAAUCGCUGUCUGUGAAGGCAUCAUAGGAGUGGUCAGGGGCUCCCAUGCAACGGACGAAGACAUGGCAAUCGUGGAUAAACUCGUACAACCUAUAGCCUUCUACGAAGUGAUGUCUGAUCCUCAGCUCGAUCUUAUGUCUUCUGCAGUUUGUACUGGAGUAGCUUGGGCUGCCAUGGUAAUGGAAGGUCUCGCUGAUGGAGCGGUCAUGGUGGGACUCCCUCGCUCUUUAGCCUUAAAAACAGCCGCCAUCACAUUAAUGGGUACCGGCAAGUUGCACAUGGAGACUGGCAAACACCCCGGAGAGAUCAAGGACUCUGUGUGCUCUCCGGGUGGAUCUACCAUCAGGGGUGUGCACGCUUUGGAGAAGAGCGGCGUGAGGGCAGCCAUGAUGAAUGCGGUUGAGGCAGCCACCGAGCAAAUCAAAAACAUGUCCAAGAAGUGAACGGGGGUGUUCCUUCUUUCAGAACAGCGGUGUAUUAGCAUCUAUGGCUCGUAACACAAUGCUUAGCAUCAAGUUAGCAAUCAUCGGAGAACAUUUUUUUAUGAUUGAUUGCAUUGACUACAAUUUACAAUUAAUCAUGAAAAUCAGGCAAACGGUUAAUCACUAACCUUUGUGUUACGGGACCCAAGAGAGAGGCAAAGAGUCUGAUAUUUGGUUGAAUUACAGUUUGGGAAAUAGUAAGUAGAUCACUUUCCAACUAAGCUUUCCAUAUGGUAAGGUCUAAUGAUUAUUUCCCCAGCUGUAGGUACUUUGUACUUCGUAUUGUUUUUUUUUUCUUUCACAGUUUUGAUUUUUGCUCAUUUUGUAAAGCGCUGUGAUACAAUCAUUGUGAAGAGCCCUAUAUAAAUACUUAUACUGUAUUGUACUUGUAUAUUUUAUUAUGAUAAUACCUAUAGCCAUUUAUAUAAUAAUAAAGGAGUAUACCAGGCUUUUGAGAAAAAGUAGCAGAGGAUGAUUAAUUGGAGGUUAGACUGGCAAUUGCUAUUUGAGAGUGUUCGCAUAGCGAUGAACAGAGAGUUCAAGAGGAGAGAAAAUGUAUGUGCUCUUCAUGACAAAGAGCAACCAUGAUCUCUGUCGAAAAUCGGUGAAUCAAAACAGCAUUUUAGUCCUUAACUCUGGACAAAUGACACAUUUGCAGUUUUUUGUCCGCUCCGAAACUGAGGACGAAACUGUCCGCCAAUUUUCAACAAAGGCCUUCCUGUUGUUCUUUGUCAUUUGAUGGGCAUUUUCAAUACAUUUACUGAGUUUUUUAGUCAUUCUUAUGUCAUGGAGCUAAACCAAUUUGUUGUGAUGUACAGAGGGCAGAGACUAACGCAGACACGACCGACUCAGUUCCAGAUAGGGAGCAAUCUUUAUAAGAGGGGCACAUUCCUUUACUGUGAUACAAGAGCAUGGUGUUCAGUUUCACAAUACUAGUGGCACACUUCUGUAUAUAUUGGUCGCUUAAACUCGUACAUCACACUCAUCAUAUUUUACCAAAAUACUAGUAUUGCCAUUUCAACGUUGCCAGUUUGAAGAUGAAUGAUUAUCACUUAUACUUUCAAAAGAAACGCCUGGACUAUUUGUUUUAUAUCCGUUCUUAAAGAUAGAACAAUGAGUAUGGGUAAUCUUGCCCUAGUUGGUCAUUGUCCCCUUAAUGGACCAAAUUUGUUCAGCCUCUUUGCCCGACAGAAUCUGAUCGGUACUGUAUCUAAUCUAUUACAUUCCUAGGUUGCCCAGUAUAGCAACAGCUGGCUUUCCACUGUGUCCAAAUCUUGGUGAGAGCUCCGAAUAGUGAAAUAUGAUCUUAUAUCGAAUGAGCACAAUUGACCAAUAUUUAAUUUUGUAUACUAAUGAAUAUUCAUUGUAGAGGUGUAACAUCGUCCGUACUCGGAGGCGAACUAUUGAUUAGUUGGAAAUAUAGGUUAGAGCGGAAAGACCCUUUCACGGUUGGGCUUUAUCCACUCGAGCACCAGAGAAAUGUUGCAUCUCUCUGUACCUUCUACUGCCACUUCUUCCUGAAACCAUCUCUUGAGUUGUCUGGAAUUCUUCAAUAAAGCUGCCUUUAUUGAAGAGCACUUAAAGAAUUCUGAUAAAGAAGUAUUAGGCACUAUAUAAGCAAGUAUAAUUAUUAUUACAAAUACAUCUAUAUAAUCCAUAUAUUUUUAGUGCAAAUGUGAAAACACAAAGUUGUGUUAGCUUUUGUGUCUAAUGGUACAAAGUCUUAAGUACAAUCCAAUCAGUAAAGGAAGUGAGACCUGUCCUAGGGGUCAUAAGUGAUUUUCAUCACCCAUGGUGAUCCUCAAAUUGGCAAACAUGCUUCAAAAUGGCUCAUUUUGUGGACAACUCUCCAUUUGUUUUGUACACAAUUUUUCAGAUUUUCCCCAUUAUCUUUCAAAUUGCAUAUUGCCUCAUUCUGAGCAUAACAUAUGUCAUGGGAAAAUAUGAUUCACACCACAUAUGUCAAGGUCAGGAGGAAAUGAUGUGAAAUAUAUAAAAAUAAAGGGGAAAAUUUGUGUACAAAACAAAUGGAGGGUUGUCCGCAAAGUCGGCCAUUUUGAAGCAUUUUUACCAAUUUAGGGAACCCCAUAGAAAGUACAACAAGACUUUUUAAACGUCCAUAACUUGCCUAUUUCAUAACCGAUUUUGAUUAAACUUGUUUUAAAUUGUUCCUCUCAUACUCUUUGCAUUAAGAUUGCUUCUUUUCUUGGAUCUUGGUUUCCUUUAACUGUACAAUCUGGAUAGGAAAUCAGAUAGUAUAUUGGAAUUAUAAAGAAAGGGAAGUGAAACCUUUUCUAGAGGUCAUAGAUCACUGUCUUCACCCAUAUUGACACUGCCCUACUUUAAAGAAAGGAAGUAAGUGACAACAUGGGAAUUUCCUGUACAAGAGCAAACCAUGUGUAAAAAAUUUACUGCAUUUCAAUAGUAAUGAUAAUAAUAAUGUCAUAUUUUCCUCAGGGUAGCCACUUCAGUUCCAAUAACUAUUCUCCCAGCGCACCUUGUUUAAUAUGAUAAUGUAUCUCAUUAACACUAUAAUCAACAAUAUAUCGUGAUGUCUCUUAAAAACAUUUUAUACGUGGGCCUCCUUGCAUCAAAUGUUUCUAUAAUCGUAUCUUUACCAUGGUAAAUGAUUGCUCAACAACCAAUCGGAAUCAAGGAUUCCAUGGACUUUACCAUUGGAUGGCAAAGUUACCCUAAUGGCAAGGAGAUGAUUGCAUGUCUCUGUGAAUGUAUAUAUUGUGAUCGGGAUCAUUUUCUUGAGUGCCAAUUGCUUUCAUUAGCUAAACUGUACUGGUCAAACCAGAUUUAUAUUGCUAUAAAACAAGAAUAAGAUGAAAAGGUAUUGUAUUGGAAUAUCAUUCUAACUUUUAUAAAGAAUAAAAAAAAGGUUACAAGUGUGCAGUGACUGUUAUACUUAGUA